GCGAGAGAGAGAGAGAGAGAGAGAGAGAGAGAGAGAGAGCUUACACACUCAACUCGAAUUCAAAACCUUGCGCUGUCACAUCAAGCAGAGACCUUCAAGAAGAAAUGGCGGAGACACAGACACUUAAUUUUGGACCAGAAUGGCUCCGUGCCCUGUCUGGAGGUGGAAGUGGCGCAGGCGGAGGAAGCAACAGCAAUGCUGUUGCCUCGCCACCUCUCUCGCCUGCAUUGCCAAAGUACAAGCUUGCAGACUACCGUUACGGAAGAGAAGAAAUGUUAGCACUUUAUGUAAAAGACAACAAGAUCCCAAUAGAUUUGCAUGAUAAGGAGUUCCUGCCCAUUUUGCAAGAGGAGCCUUUGCUGCCUCUGGCACUAGUUUCUUUUACGGAGGAAGAACAGAGAAAUUUCUCCAUGUCUGUAAACAGUGCAACUGUACUGCGGCUGACAGGGCGAGGAGGCGGUCCGGUAGUGGGGACGCCUCGAGGCCGAAGUACCUCAAGGGGUAGAGGCCGUGGAAGGGGAGACGGAGGGUUUUACCAAAGAAGUUUUGAUGAUGUGGAAGGUUUUGGCCGUGGGGGCAGGGAGAUGCAUCGCUCCCAGAGCUGGGAGGAAAGGGGUGAUAGAAGGUUUGAAAAGCCAGGGCGGAAAGACCCAGAUGCUGCCCCAGGACAUUUCCAGAUGAAUCAUGUUCGAAACAACUACGAUGAUGCUGGGACGGGCGUGUCGAGGAAACACGAUUUCACACGCUCAGAGAGUGAGAAUUGGCGUACCUCUCGUGACGAUCAGAAUGAUGGGCCUCGGAGUGCAGUGUGGCAUCCAGAGCAGCGGCGCCGCGUCCCGUUUGACUCGCGAGAAGACGAACGCGGCUACAGGAGGACGCGUUCAGGCAGUGGGAGCCUGGACGACGACAGGGACGCUCUGCCGGAGUGGUGUCUGGAGGACGCAGAGGAGGAGGCGGGCACCUUUGACUCGUCAGGGGCCUUUCUCUCACUCAAGAAAGCCUCCAAAGAGCCCAUCCUGGAGGAGGCAGAGUUGGAUUUUAAACCUUUGGAAGAGUGUGAGGAAUUCCUAGAGGAGGAAGACAGCCAACCCAAGGAGACCAAAGAAACAGAAACAGAGGCUAAGCAAGAUUCUGACCGGAAAGUAUUCACAGGAGUGAGCAGAGUGUUAGAGAAGGCGCCAUCUGUCCACUCACCCGCCGUUCCGCCAAUCCCAGAGGACCAGGCGACUCCCAAGUCUGUGUCGCCAAGCCAUCCCAACAGAACGGAAGAAUCCGAAAGGCCAGCCGAAAGACAACCUCCCCUGGAGCGACUGCCAGAGCCCUGCCAAGUUCCCCUGCACGUCCCAUUGUCAAACAGCAUGUCAAUACCCAUGACCCAUAUUUCCACCACCCUCCCAGAAGUUCGCACACAGUCAUCCACCAUGCAGAAGCCCAUGGAGGUUCUUGUGGCCAUGAACAACCAUCUUCCUUUUUCAUCAAGUGUGUUAGCACCAAUAUCGAGGCCCACCCCCAUGUCACAUGACACAGAUGAAGAUGAGGGGUUGAAGCACUUUGAGCAGGAGGCAGAGAAGAUGGUGGCUUACCUCCAAGAUGGUGUGGUGGAUGAUGACAGACUUGCAACGAAAACCUCUGAAAAGCCCAAACCUGCAGGUCUGCCACUCACCCACAAGGCUGCACUCAAGUGGUUUUACAAAGACCCUCAAGGGGAGAUACAGGGACCAUUCAGCAACCAGGAGAUGGCGGAAUGGUUCCAGGCAGGUUACUUCACCAUGUCUCUCCUGGUUAAAAGAGGCUGCGAUGACAUCUUUCAGGCCUUGGGGGAGAUGAUGAAGAUUUGGGGGAGAGUCCCGUUCACGCCGGGCCCAGCGCCUCCACCUCUACAGGGCGACGCCGAUCAAGAAAGGUUGAAGAGACAACAGGAGCUCACUGCGCUCAACCUUUACCAGUUACAGCAACUUCAAUAUCAGUACCUCUUAAGGCAGCAGUAUGCUCAGGCCCUGGCUCAGCAGAAGGCUGCAGUGCUGAGCUCAGCGCCUCUUCAACAGCAGCAGCAACACCAACAGCAGCUCAACCUGCUUCAACAGCAAUACCAGGCUCUCAAGAUAAGAACAUCUGAGAGCCCUCUACCUCCCGUGACGCGUUCCCUAUCUGUCCCCGACUCUGGUUCUGUAUGGGAAAUGCAGAAGCCGUCUUCUCAGGUUCCUUGCACACCAAACCUCCCGCCAGCUACGUCAAGCACAUGGGAUGGCAGCAGUGUGUGGGACUUGCCCAUAGAGUCCAUGGCAAAGGCGCCAACCAUUGAGCAGAUGCAGCAGUUAGAAAAGUCAAAGGCUGCAAAGUUGGAACUGGACAGGCGUGAAGCUGAAAUGAGAGUCAAAAGGGAAGAAGAAGAGAGGAAGCGUCUGGAAGAGGCGCUGCGGGCUCGUCAAGAGGAGGAGCGCAAGCGCCUCGAGGAGGAGGAGUUAGCGAGACAAAAACAGGAGGAAGCGCUGAGGCGGCAGCGAGAACAGGAGGAGGCACACCGGAGACAAAAGGAGGAGGAGGAGAGACUGGCACAAGAGGAAGCCCUGCGAAGGCUUGAGGAGAGGAGAAGAGAGGAAGAGGAAAGGAAGAAAAGGGAGGAGUUCCUUCGCAAACAGGAGGAGGAGCGCAGAAAACAAGAGGAGCUGGAAGCAUUAAGGAGGCGCGAGGAGGAGAAGCGAGCAGAGGAGGAAGCUGCGGCGGCCGCUGUGGCGGCGGCAGAGGCGGCGGCAGCCGCUGCAGCAGCUGCGGCUGCGGCCGCCCUAGCUCAGCAACAGCAAGAGGAGCAGAAGAGAAGGGAGCAGGAGGCGCAGCGACAGCAGGAGCUGCAGAGACAGAGGCAGCAGCAACAGGAGGCUCUGAAGAGACUGCAACAGCAACAGCAGCUUGCACAAAUGAAGCUACCGCUGUCAUCAAAGUGGGGUCAUCAGUCUGCCAACACGAGCAACAAGAAUCAAAACACCUUGUCAUUAGCUGAGAUCCAGAAACUGGAAGAGGAGCGGGAAAGACAGGCACUCGAAGAGCAGCAACGUCAGCAGCAGGAGCUCCUGAAGCUUCAGCAGCAGCAGGCGCUGCAGCAGGCGCAGCAGGCUCAGGCCAAGCUGUCGGGGUGGGGCCACGCCGCCAAACAGGCCCCUGUUACUAAGUCCCUGCUGGAGAUUCAGAGGGAAGAAGCGCAGCAGAUGAAACAGAGGAAGGAGCAGCAGCCGCCGCAGCAGCAGCAACAGCAACAACAACAACAGCAGCAGCAGCAACAACAGCAGCAGCAGCAACAGAACCACAUCUUCAGCCAGCCGGCCCGACCGCACAACAGAACUACAUCUCUGAGCAACUCCGUUUGGGGAUCCGUGAACAUCACGCCCUGCUCAAAUUGGGCGGCGGACUCGAGCGGGAUCUGGGGGGACACGCACAACUCCAACAUGGGCUUCUGGGACGAAGCCGUGAAGGAGGCCGUCCAGCAGCCUACGCCCACCAGGAAAGGAAAUGCGCAGAAAAACAAGGGCAAUGCCAAUCUCGGUAAUUCCUUGAGUGGGCGAGCAAACAAGAAGGCAGAGGAGGAAGAGAAGCUGCUCAAAUUGUUUCAAGGGGUCAACAAGAGUCAGCAGGACAGUUUCAUGCAGUGGUGUGAGCACACUCUGCACAGCCUCAACACCGCCAACAAUCUGGAUGUUCCUACGUUUGCAUCGUUCCUGAAAGAAGUGGACUCGUCGUACGAAGUGCACGACUACGUCAGGGCCUACCUGGGGGACACUCCCGAGGCCAAAGACUUUGCCAAGCAGUUUCUGGAACGUCGUGCCAAACAGAACGCUAAUCAGCAAAAAGCGUCGCCCCCGCAGAACCAUCCGCAAGCCCUGAAACAGCAGCAGGAUUCUGUGUGGGGUGGGACGGGAUCAUCAACGCUCUACCAGGCCAACCACACAAGUGGUCAGCAGAAGCAGCAGCAGCGCUUUGAAACGGUCACCUCAGGGAAGAAGAAAAAGAAGCAAAAGAUGGUCCGUGCGGAUCCAAGCCUUCUAGGUUUUUCUGUUAACGCAUCGUCCGAGAGACUGAAUAUGGGGGAGAUUGAGACUGUGGAGGAUUUUUAAGGGAACGCAGCCAAGCAAAACGGCCACGAAAUGACUCAAACCCCUUCCCGCCCUCGACCGCAGCUGCCAUACUUUUUCAUCUUUUUUUUCUUUUACGGCCUUCAUUCAUUGUCAGACCUUAUCUGCCAAUAGCAAUCCAAAACAUCCAAAAUCUGACCAAAUGCCCUCCGAGGCUCUGCGUUCUUUUUCCAUCAAAUGGGACUAUGAAAUACAAUCAAUGCUUUUUGCCACAGUCGGCAGAAGUGCUAUUUUUCAAUUUGGCUUUUUUUCAAGUUACAGAGUUUAUAUCCAUUCUUCUAUUUAUUGAAUUUGAAUCCCCCCUUCCCACUCCCCAACAAA